AAAUAUUUAUGUACAUUCGUUCGCAUGGGCUUUACCCUAACUUUAUGCAUACAUAUUUGUCAUUUCGAGGCUUCUCCGUCGAUUGAUAAAUCGCUGUCCAAUUUUGUGGAUAUACAUAAUUUUUUGCGAUAUAUGUUUCUAUUUAUGCAGCUUCUCGCAAUGCGGUAAAUGCUUAUAAAAUGCUAAUUAAAUUGAACAGUCACACAUACACAUGGAAAAAUAGUAUGCAUGUAUGUACACAUGUUCCAUAAUUGUAUCACGAGUUAUUUACAGAUCAAAACAGCAAACAAAAUAUAUGUAUGUAAUUGGAGUAGAUAUUUACUGUUUUCUUAUUUAUCUGGAUUUCACUAACUUUUGCUCCGGCUGACUUUUAUCUGAAUUUCGACAAGGAAUUCCUUUUCCAAUGGAUAACUGUACUUAUGGUUUUCACUCCUACGAGCACGAUGACAGCUUCGAAUCUUAUCUGGAAUGCUUACAUCGUCACAUGAACGAUACACAAAAUGGUGACGAAGACGAAUUUGUUUCCUCAAUUGGAGUGGGAAUCGUUCUUGGAUUACUUGCCUUGGUCACGGUUGCGGGUAAUGUUGCCGUGCUGGUGGCAAUAUGGAUCGACACAAAUUUGCGCAGCCUUCCAAACUACUUGAUUUUUUCUCUGACAGUGGCUCACCUUAUCGUUGGGUGUACUGUUCUUCCAUUUGCUGCAGGGUAUGAAAUGUCAAAGGCUUGGCCGUAUGGAGAAUGGGGUUGCAUAACGUGGCUGUCCUGUGAUGUUCUGGCCGGUACAGCGUUAAUGUUACACGUCGCAGCUAUUGCAGUGGAUCGAUACUGGUCCCUGAAGAAUAUUGAGUACGUCAACCGAACCGCGUCACGCCGCGUGCGGACCACGCUAAUAAUCGUGUGGGUGCUGGCUCUGGUGAUAACAAUGACUCAAUUAUUUUGGGAGGAUGAUACCUGGAAUGCUCGUAUUGAAGCGGAAGUGUGCACCGUGAACCAAGACGAGCAUUCUAUGAUAUUUGCGACGCUUUCAUCGUUCAUCAUCCCUCUCGUAGUCGUGCUGUUUUUAUCCUGGAAGAUUUUCCGAGCAGAAAGAAUGCAAGUUCAAAAAAGACGAUUUCUCACACAAAGUACGGCAGAAACUAGCCUAAUCACCACGAUUUCUUCAGGUCAAGAUGAAACCGUCUCGGUGGAUGUACGAAAAACUCUUGAAGGUGAAGAACCUUAUACCGGAAGUGAACAACCGUGUCGGAUUAGAAAUUCUGAAACGGAGCGACCUCAUUUCGAUCAAAUUCUACUACAAAACGACUCUAGCGAUACGAUUAUUGGAGAGUCGCGAAAACCCAACACAGAAAAAUCCAAAACAGAACGCAAGACAGCUCAAAUUUUAGGAAUCGUUACAGUCGCGUGUCAUCUGCCCUUUAUCGUGAUGCUGGUAGCUUUCACUAUGUGCGGGGCUGGAUAUGACAUCAGUCAUCAUUACGCUCUUUUUAUCUAUUGGUUAUCUUAUAGCGAUAGCAUGAUAAGUCCAAUAAUUUAUUUCAUAAGGAAGCGAUUCUAUUAAAUUUAACUUACGAUUUUAGUAAGUUUUUUUGCCGAGAAUCAGUACAACGAAUCUUUAAUGUAAAUAUGUAUAAAUAAAUAUGUAUAUCUGCCCAAAUUCUCCAAAAAUUUUCAGCAUUUUUUAAAAUCUGACAUUAUAAUUAUGAAGGCCAAAAUUACUGGUUAAGAAGAUAAUGGAGAACAUUUGUGACAAUUUCUUUCCGGAUAGCAAAAUCAAUGGUUUAAUCGAGUCUAAUAUCCGUAGCGUAAUUUACAUAUUUAGGUGGGGGUGGAAUUAUAAACUUCAUGAUA